CUCUUGAUCGUUAAUACUCACUCUAAAGCUGCAUCCAAAAUGAAGUCCUCCAUAGCUCUGUUAGUCGCCACAUUGGCUGUCGCUGCUCAGGGAUCCUAUGUUCCAUCUGCUUGGCCUACAGGUGCCCUCGGCUGGAACUCGUGGAAUGAAUUAAAUAAAUGGACCCACUGGAAUGACAACGGUAUUAUCGACUCCCCUCACGCCAACUCUUGGUCUUCGGCAUGGCCAGCUGCUUCUCUAAACAACGGCUGGAAUGGAUGGUACGCUCCGAAGACGACCGUCGUUCAAGCCAACAUUGCAAAGGUCAACCCAUGGGGACUCCCGUGGGGUGGUUAUGGACAUGGAUACAACAACUACUUGAGAGCUGCCACAAUUCCCAAAUAUGUCACAUCGAAUCCUAGCUCCGUUCUUGUGGCUCCACUUGCUGGACAUUCUCUGAAUCACAAAUUGAUUGUUGCUUAAAAGUAUCAUCCAAUUAAUAUCAAUAAAUCAAUUUUCUGACGAAUACGUUUGAAUGUUAUUCA